AUCCUCCUCUCAUCCCCUCUUCUCUCUUUCUUUCUUUCUUUCUCCUUUGCUUCACAUCACCCUUGCUUCCAUUACAUUCUUUUUGUUCAUUACAUUUAUACUCUACUACAAGAAAUAUAAAAAAAGAAUUACAAUAGCCUCCUCCAUCAUCUCUUUCUCAUACACACCACUCCUCAAACAACACAACACACCACUCCUCUCCUCACACCAACCAUGCCUUUCCUCAAGGUCUGUCAGGCCCUCUAUGACUAUGACGCCAACACAGAGGAGGAGUUGACUAUCAAGGAAAACGAUAUCCUUUACAUCCUCGAGGACGACGAUCCCGAAUGGUGGAAAGCUAAACUCAAGACCGUCGACCCUAACGAGUUGCUCGUCGGCCUUGUCCCAAGCAACUAUAUCGAACUUCUUCCUGCUGCUGGAACCGUAGUCGGUCUUUACAAAUAUGAAGCAACGACAGAAGAAGAGCUCACUUUCGAGGAGGGCGAUGCGCUCACAUUGUACGAGCAGGAUGACCCAGACUGGUUCCUCGUUGGCAAUGGCACCCAUGUCGGCUUUGUACCUGGAAAUUAUGUUGAGCUUUCUGCGGGUCAGGACGAACAUACACAGGCACAAGAGGCAGCAGAACAGCAUCAGGAUGAUUAUGCAGAGGAGCAAUACCAAGAGGAAGAUCAAGAUCAGGCCGUUCCACAAUUCAAUGCCACUACCUCAUCACCAACAGUAGCAACAGCAGCAGCAAUGCCAGCAGAAAGAGACGAUCCCAACUUUUGGAUGGUCAAUGAGCUCGACAGCAAAAAGAAGAAAAAGAAGGGUAGACUUGGUGUCAGCAGCUCAACCAUCUUUUUCUUGAGCGAGGGUGACAAAUCUCCUGUGCGCCAAUGGUCGAUCAAAGAUGUUGACAAAGUCCGACAAGAGAAGAAACAUGUCUACUUGGACCUUGGUGGCUCAACCCCAGCUUCAUUCGACUUUCAGGCUGCAUCCAAGCAGGAGGCUGAGGCUAUUUUCAACAAGAUCCAAGAAUCCAAACAAAAGUCUCGCAUCUCUUACCCCACAUCAUCCACUACCUCAACCGCCUCUGUCCGUGACUCUGUCACCUCCACUUCCACCUAUCAGACCGCACAAGGAUCACCCAAUAUUUCAUCCGCAACCUCAUAUCACCAUCCAGAACCUGUACAAGAAGAGCCCGCAUACGAAGAGGAACAACAAUAUGUUGAACCAGAACCUGUUUGCGAAGGCCGUUGGGCCAUUGCCAUGUAUGACUUCCAGGCCGAGGCAGAGGAGGAGAUCAACAUGCGUGAAAACGACGAACUAUGGGUCACAGACUAUGUCAGUAGUGACGAAUGGUGGAAGGUUCAAAUUGGCGAUCAAGUUGGUAUCGUCCCAGCAUCCUAUGUCAGAUUUGCAGAUGAACCCACACCGGAGGAAUACCAGGAAGAAGUUGCCGUUCAGGCACAGCCAGAGGAACCUGAGCAACCUGUCUCACAUGCAAUCCCUGCUCCUCCGCCACUACCUCCUGUAGCUGCAGUACCUAUUCCAAAAGUAGUACAACCUGCCAAGAAAGAAAUUGUCGCUACCACUCCUGCUCCUGCGCCUGCUCCUGCUCCUGCUUCUGAGCCCAUCAACAAACCCAAAAAUACCAGAAUGUGGACAGAUCGUUCAGGAAAGUACAAGGUAGAGGCAGAAUACCUGGGUUUCCAAGAUGGCAAGAUCAGCUUGCACAAGCUCAAUGGUGUCAAGAUUGCUGUUCCUGUGCGUGAAAUGUCUCAGGAAGAUAUUGCAUAUGUCGAAAAGGUGACUGGUAUGAAGGUUUCAGAGUCGGGCUUUGACUGGUAUGAUUUCUUCAUCAAAUCCGGCGUUGCAACCGAGGAUGCCCUUCGCUACUCUACCAUCUUUCGCACUGAACGAAUGGAUUCUAGUAUUUUACCUGAGCUCAGCAGAGAUGUUCUCAAGGGAUUGAAUGUCAAGGAGGGUGAUAUCAUCCGUAUCCGUAAGGCAAUCGGUGGUAGUACAGGCUCAGGACCAACUUCUCCCGACACUGCCAGUGCACCCAAGGUAAAGAAAUCUGUCAGUUUCGCAUCAGCUCCUGGAGCAACUGACACGCUGAAUGAUCGCGAGAUGGCCAUGAAGUUGCAGGCAGAUGAAGUCUCAAAUGCUCGCACCUCAGGCGCCUCUUUGGCCGAGCAACGUAGGCAGCAGGAAUUAGCUGAUGAGAAGUUUGCUCGUGAGUUGCAGGAGCGCGAAAACGCUACCAACCGGACGCCCCAAAACCCUCAGACGCCUGUGUUUGGCAAGAAGAAGGAUGAGCCUCAACGCAAGAACACUCGUCCCAAAGCAACAACUUCAGCAUCAAAGACCAUUGAUGCAUCCGAAUUUACAAAAAUUGGAAGCGCUCUCAGCAGCAGCUCAAAAUCCACAUCCAGGAGCAGACCUGCAAACUCCAAUGCCACCGGAAGCACUUCUGCAGCAGACUUGGCAUUUGAUGAUGAUGCCUGGGAGGUUCGAGAUCCCAAGAAGAUCCCCUUCGACUACGACAACUGGAAGGUUCAGAAUCGUGAUAACGAGGAUGAAUGGAUCGAGAAGUUUGCUUCUUCUACAGCGCCCAAGGUUGUGGAAGAGGAGCCCGAAAAGACCGGCUCACCCAAACCCAAGGAAGCCAAGGAUGAGACUGCGUCCCCUGCAGGACGUCCAAGGCCUGGCGCACCUGGAAGGACAGACAGCAACAAUUCUCUGGGCUCCCUUGGUCUGGCCCCACCAAUCACACCAUCAUCUCCAGCACCUCCUUCACCAUCAGCUGCACCUAAGCCUUCAUCGCCUGCUUCCGGAUCGUUGGAAGCCAUUGCCUUGGCUCAGAAAGCAGAAAAGGAAGAAGCAGAGAGAGUCAGGGAGCAGAUGCAAAAGAUUAAAGAGAAGCAAGCUGCGGAUAAUGUGAAGAGAGAGCUGGAGCAAGUGAAACAGCAACAGCAAAUGCUUCAACAGGCUCUUGUCCAGCAGGCAAACCAAAAUCAACAGCUUGUUCAAACCAUUCGCCGCAUGGCUCCUCCUCCUCCAGUGUCUUCUGGAAGGCUCCCUGCCCCGUUGGUGCCUGUUAACCCUACAGGGCCACCUCGUUUUAUUCCAACCAACCCUACUGGACAACAAGUCACUCCUCAGCCCACUUUUAGCACUGCCUCCAUUGGUCUUCCUUCUAUGCAACAACAGAUGAUGACGGGCGUAAAUCCUCAGAUGACUGGUGUGGCCAGCCAACUCACGGGCAAAGCCAGCUGGGUCAAUGCUACGCCCGCAAACCCUUUUGGUAUCGGGGCUAUCACUAUCAACCCUACUGGAAUCCCAAGAGCCCCACAAGCUAUUGUACCAGCUAGAUCGGCACCUCCAGUCCCAGCACCGUUCAUUAACCGCAGCAUGAGUCAGGCUCCUCCACCACCCCCACCACCAAUGCAGACUAGCAUGGCAACUGGCUUUAAUAAUAACAACUUGAACACGAUCAAUAGCAUGCGGACGGGAAUCAAUAGUAACAUGACAGGCAUGAACAACAACAUGGGCGGCCUUAAUAACAACAUGACGGGUAUGAACAGCCUUAACAGCAAUAUGACUGGCAUGAAUAACAAUAGCCUGUCGCCUUUGAACCGUACGCCACAGCCAAUGCAGUCAGCAUCGUUCCAGACCCCAGCCAUCACAGGCAUGAGUCAGAGUAGCAAUGCGCCAAGCCUGAACACUUUGAGUGCUAUGAGCAACAUGAAUAGCAUGAACAACAUGAACAACAUGAACAACAUGAAUAAUAUGAACAACAUGAGCAACAUGAACAACAUGAACAACAUGAACAACAACAAUAGCUCUCAAUUCCAAUCACCCAUGUUGACCGGCAUGAAUAAUAAUAUGACGGGCAUGAACAACAACAUGACUGGCAUGAACAACAAUAUGACGGGGAUGGGUAACAUGAAUAAUAUGAACAAUAUGAACAGCAAUAACCUUGGUGGUUUGAACAACAAUAUGACAGGGAUGAACAGCUUCAACAAGUCACCAUCGCUGUCCAACUCUUUUGCUUCUUCACCCUUGGGCCAAUCACGGAUCCUUCAGAAUUCUACUUCAUCCGUAUCGAGCUUCGGAGGUGGGAACAGUUUUGGCGGUCUGGGAAAUAACAACAACAGCAAUCUAGGCGGUCUGGGUGGGAUGAACAGUUUAGGCAGCAUGAACAGCAUGAACUCUCCAAACACAAGUAAUAGUAGCAGUCUCACGCCGAUCCAGCCUCAAGCUACUGGCCAUCUUCCAAUGGCUUCCUCAUACAUGCGUCCACCAACGUCAUCAGGUCUCGUUGGCAUGAAUAACCAGAUGACGGGUAUGGGUGGUAUGGGAGGAGGCAUGGGAAGCGGCCUUGGCGGUGGAUUGAACAGCAGCAUGGGAGGCAUCAUGAACAGCAACAUGACCGGGAUGGGAGGUCUGAACAACAACAUGGCUGGUAUGGGAAGCAUGAAUAGUAACAUGACCGGCAUGAGCGGGAUGGGUGGUAUGGGCGGAGGUAUGGGCGGAGGCAUGAACAACAUGGGAGGUGUGAACAGUAUGAACAACAUGAACAACAUGGGUGGAGGUAUGGGAGGUAUGGGAGGUAUGGGAGGUAUGGGAGGCAUGGGAGGCAUGGGAGGUGUUACACCUCAGAUGACGGGUAUGGGUAAUAACAUGGGAGGUAUGAACACAGGAAUGGGAGGAGGCAUGGGAGGCAUGGGAGGCAUGAACCCUCAGAUGACAGGAAUGAAUAAUAUGAAUAUGAACAACAUGAACAAUAACAACAACAAUGGACAAUUCCAAAAGAACUGGUAAUGAAUGAGACGCACACAAUUUUGGACAUCAAGAAGACACUAUAAAAAAAAACUAUCACUUUUAGUCAAG